CCCCCCCGCUCCCCCCCCCCCCCCUUUCGUGUCAUCAACAUUUGCUCUUUCAUUGGUGACAUUUCCUCGAUCCCAAACCCUCUCUCUCUUCUGUUCCCUCCCCCCCCCUCUUCUACUCCUCUUUUAUAUUUUUGUUGUAUUUGAUUGGUAUUGUAUUCCGAUUACCCAUGUCCGAACGAGGCUCCUUCCGAGGAGGUGCCCGCAAUCGCGGCGGCGGAGGUUAUGAUCGAUCUGGCGGCCGUGGCGCUCAGGCCAAAAGUGGCGGUGCGGGAGGUAGUGGCGGUGCUCAACAGCAAGAGAAGCCCAAGAAGGAAAAUAUCCUCGACCUGUCCAAGUAUAUGGACCAGGAAGUUCGUGUGAAGUUUAAUGGAGGACGAGAGGUCUCUGGAUUGCUCAAAGGUUACGACCAACUGAUGAAUCUCGUCCUGGAUGAUGUCAAAGAGACCAUGCGUGACGAUGACGGAAACGAGACUACCCGAUCUCUUGGCCUGAUUGUCGCCCGUGGGACUCUGAUUGUGCUGAUCUCCCCUGCUGAUGGUAGCGAGCAAAUUGCCAAUCCUUUUGUCCAGCCAGAGGAAUAAAUCAGCACUUCCCUGGGUAGUUACUCAGUUUCCCACUUUCUCUCUAAUCAUUGUGGAGCAGGAAUACUCUCUCGGUGGUACAUGGUGCGGCAGAAGCAAGUCAUGAUAGCAUAUGAAUAGCAAAAUAAUGAAAGAUAAUGAUCUCGAUCGGAAAGAAAGUUAGGCAGCUUCAUAAUAUGACAUGAUUGCCUUCAUUUGCAACCAAACAAAUGAUGGAAGGUUGAUCUCUUAUAUUCGUCCAAUUC